AUGCAGGAGGAGGAGGACGAGAGCAAGUGUGAGGAAGUUAAGAGGUUAAAAGGGGAAGUGGGCCAGCUCCUAGAGAAAGAGGAUAUAAGAUGGAAACAGAGGGCCAAGAGGAGUUGGUUUCAGGAUGGAGAUAGGAAUACCAAGUACUAUGAUGCAUGUGCAAGUCAAAGGAGGAGGAAAAGCAUUACUCAGAUUUCUGAAUUAUCUGGUAGAGUUUUGAAGGAGCAAGUAGGUAUUGAGGGAGCCUUUAAGAGACACUUUGAAGAGGUCUUAUCCUCGAGUGGUCCAUCUGUGGAGAUGAUUGAAGCUGGAAUACAAUUUAUUAAACCUAGGGUGAGCAGUGUGAUGAAUGUAUUUUUAACUAAGGAAUUCACAAAGGAAGAGGUGAAAUCAGCUGUGUUUCAUAUGAGUCCUUAUAAAUCUUCAGGAGUUGAUAGAUUUGGAGCAUGUUUUUACCAGAAAUUCUUGCAUGUAGUAGGAGAGGAUGUGUGUUUGGCUGUGCUGGAGUUCUUGAAAGGAGGUAGUGACCUAAAACUGAUUAAUCAGACCCCUUAG